CGUGGCAGUUCCGCUGCAACGUCACAUCGACCAGAAGUGGCUGGAAGUGACGCUGUGCGGCUCGACGUCCACGUAGAUCGAAUCUUCUUGUACAAGCGCGCAAGUGUACAUUGCCCAUCGAACGGCAGUUUUCUGUGGAAUACUCAACGACGUACAAUCUUGCGUUGCAAUGGAUCAAGUAACAAAAUUUGUAAAGCCAGCUAAAGAAUUCGCAAAAGACAGUAUUCGGCUUGUCAAAAGAUGCACGAAACCGGAUAGAAAAGAAUUUCAGAAAAUAGCAAUCGCUACUGCCAUUGGAUUUUGCAUAAUGGGCUUUAUUGGGUUCUUCGUCAAAUUGAUUCACAUUCCUAUCAACAAUAUCAUUGUGGGUUCGUAAGAAUGCGUGAAGAUUAAAUAUUUAUUUUUAAGAAGUUAACCUUACUCCUUUACUUCUUCCUUGGUGUUCCUUGAACGGAUGUGUAUUUAUAAAUAAUAAUUAUUGUAUAUUACAUAUAUUUAAACCAAUUGCAAUCGAUGUAGAUGCAAAAAGUAUGUGUAUAAUAAUGAAUUUUUUAACAAACUAAUUAUUUAAAAUCA